AUGGCGUCUCCGGUUUCCGUCGUCUGCGUGGGCAUGGCUGGUAAGGCGACCAGCUCUCCUCCGAAUACAGCAAAUAGGAUAUUGAGGACUGACUUGGUUUUCUUAGGCUCGGGAAAGACUACUUUCAUGCAAAGAAUUAACUCUCAUCUCCACUCGAAACAGAAAGUACCCUAUGUGCUCAACCUCGACCCCGCGGUGCACUCGGUACCCUUCGAGAGCAACAUCGAUAUCCGGGAUUCGAUCAACUACAAAGAAGUCAUGAAGCAAUAUAACCUUGGGCCAAAUGGUGGAAUCCUGACAUCGCUGAACCUGUUCGCCACCAAGGUCGAUCAAAUCAUUUCACUGCUGGAGAAGCGCACCGCCCCCAACCCGGAAAACCCCACUGCAAAGAAGAUUGAACACAUCCUAGUGGAUACUCCAGGUCAAAUUGAGGUGUUCGUGUGGAGUGCCUCUGGUAGCAUUCUUCUGGAGACACUCGCUUCGUCUUUCCCGACCGUCAUCGCAUAUGUCAUUGAUACCCCGCGCGCCAGCUCGACUAGCACGUUCAUGAGCAACAUGCUCUACGCCUGCAGUAUUCUCUACAAGACCAAGCUACCCAUGAUUUUGGUUUUCAACAAGACCGAUGUGAAGGAUGCCGACUUUGCAAAGGAAUGGAUGACUGACUUUGACAAAUUCCAAGAGGCUUUGCGGGCAGAAGAGGAAGCCGGUGCCUUUGGGGGUGAAGGUGGUAUUGGUGGAUUCGGUGCUGGAAGCGGAUACAUGGGGUCACUGUUGAACAGCAUGAGCUUAAUGUUGGAGGAGUUCUACCGACACCUAAGCGUGGUGGGCGUGAGCUCUAUGACGGGUGAUGGAGUCGACGAUUUUUUCGAUGCCGUCGAGAUUAAACGACAAGAAUUUGAGCGUGAUUACAAGCCCGAGCUUGAGCGCAAGAGGAAGGAGAGGGAAGAGAGCAAAGAAUCUCGGCGAGAGUUGGAGCUUGGCAAGCUCAUGCAAGACAUGAAUGUCUCUGGGUCUAGUCGCCGGCCCAAUCAGGAACCAGAGACUGUUAGUGAGGCAGAAGACGAAGAGGAUGAUAUCAUCAAGCGUGGAUUGGCAGAUGGAGAGGAUGACAGCGAGGAGGAGUACGAGGGGCCCAGUGCCGGCAACGAUGAGGGCCUCUCCCAUCGUUACCAGGAAGCUCUUUCGGGCUCUCAAUCUGCCCCUUCGGAUCAAGACAACAGCUUUACAAGAUAUUUGCGGGCGAGUCAAAUCAAUCAGUAA